AUGGUCCGCUCGGACUAUGCUUGCAUUCCUGCCUCAUGGAACGGCCAAACCUUGGCAUAUACCGACCCUGGCAUUACCACGGGUCACUCGUGCAUUGACCAUAUUGCUACGUGCCUUCAUGUCACGCUUGCCUUCCCGAACAAGACUCACCGUGCACGGCAUCCAGUGCGUAUUGAUGCUCGCGCCGUUGCAGACCCGGCCCACCGCGACACUGUUAGUCGCAUCAUCCGCGGGGCGCCCAAACCUUCGUGGCAGGUUGAUGUCAGCGAACAUGCUGCCCGAGUUGUUGACUAUCUGUAUUGCCAGCUUUCGCGCGCCUUCCCAGUACGACGACGAAGGCUACGUGCCAGCCAUCUUUCCUCUGAUGCCCAGGCACUGCAUGGACUAGUUGCAACUCUCCGCCACAACAUUCGCACUCACAAGACUGCUCUGCAAUGGGCUCUCCUUCGAUGCGUUCUCUCAGUGUGGAAAGGGGGCUGCGGCUCCUUCGCUGCAGUAUUCUCAGGUCGUUGGCUGUGGCAAUUGCAGCAUCGCUUCGCUCUUUCUUGCAUGUUGUUGCAUCGGACUGGCCGUGCUUUGCGUCGCCAGUGUAGGGUUGAUAGGGCGGAAUUCUUCACUUCCGUCGCGGAUGACAUCGCCAGGAGUUCCCCUGGCGAAUUGCACAGUACGGUAAAGAGGGUCCUCCGCCCCAAAAAGUUCCGCCGCAGUUCCGCUGACCCCCUCCCGCUUCUUUACAGGGAGGAUGGCACAAUUUGCAGCACGGACACUCAAGUCCUAGAAGCAUGGCGCGAACACUUCAGCGCUCUAGAGGAUGGUCAGACCGCGUCGGUCGAGUCCCUGGUGCAGUCCUGCCGAACUUGGCAAACCUCGUUCUCUGGCACCGAGGAGGUUGACAUAGCACGAGCCCCUACGAUGGCCCUUCUUGUAGAGGCUUUCAGGGCGACUUCCGCUCACAAGGCGUGCGGUCCCGACAUGCUUCCCCCGGCGAUAUGCCACCACUUUGCGCCGGACCUUGCUAUCCUAUUCUGGCCUAUGGCCCUUAAAACUAUCCUAUCAGCGGCGGAGGCCGUUGGCCUGAAAGGGGGUAUAUUACAUCACAUACCCAAGCCUACCUCCGCCAUGCAAAAUGUUUGCAGUGGCCACCGAGGCAUCCUAGUGCAAUCGUGCAUCGCUAAGGCCAUGCACCGCACCAUGCGCACUUUAGCGGUGGGCCAGUGGCUGCCACACUCUAUGCAUGCCCAGCUCGGAGGUCGUAAAGGCUGCUCUGCCAACUUCGGACAUUUCUGCUCCCGGGCCUUCUUGGCUUCGUGCAAGGACCGCGGUCACAGCGGUGGCAUCCUCUUUGUCGACCUUGCCGCUGCAUAUUAUAGCGUUGUGCGGGAGAUUGUUGUUGGCGACCGUCUAUGCUCACGGGGGGUUGCUGACAUUGCCUCCUCCCUGCGUCUCUCCCCUGAGGACUUACAGGUCAUGCAGAGCCAUAUCGCUGAGCAGCCAGUCCUCCAAUCCCAGGCGGCCGCGCCGCUCUUUAUUGAGCUGGCUCGCGAGUUGCAUAACCACACGUGGUUUAUGCUUUCAGGAGACAGCACGCUGGUCCGGACUUACCGGGGCACGCGACCAGGUGGGGCGUUGGCUGAUGUUAUAUUUAACAUCCUCUUUAGUCGCGUCCUUCGCCGACGGUGCAAUGAAGGCCUAGCAGGCACGUCCCCGGCCCUCCGGUGGGACGGCGCACGCACGCCGUUCAUUCCUUGCCCAUCUUCCGCGCCCCUGCUCGAGGUCCAGGACAUUGUCUUUGCGGAUGACCUUGCUUCCCUGGUGAUUUCACGACAGGCCUCAGGACUUCGACAUGCCGUUAGCAGCGUUGCCGCUGCCACCCUGGACGUACUGCCUGCCCACGGAUUGACGGCUAACUUAGGCCCCAAGAAAACCGCGGCACUCCUUGCCGUUUGUGGCCCGGGGUCUCGCGCUGCUCGACGCGAACUUUUCACCACGCGCAAAGGACGGCUCCCGGUUUGCUUGGAGCACUCUGGAGCGGUGCAUCUGGACCUUGUAACCUCAUACAGGCACCUAGGGUCGGUGCUGACGAGCAGCGGCGAGCUAGGCGCCGAGAUAUGCCAUCGACUCGCGCUAGGACGAGCCGCUUUCCGUGAAGGCAAGACCCGCCUCUUUGCGUGUCAGCGUAUCCCGCUGCAUCGCCGUGCGGUCCUUUUCCGCUCCCACGUACUUUCAACCAUACUUUCUGGAUGUGGGACUUGGCCGAUUUUGCGCACAGGGGAAUGGAAGAGCUUCAGCGGUGGAAUCCUCAGUCUUUACCGACAAAUGCUUGGGCUGUGGAAGGAGAAUUGGAGGGUCACUGAAGUACUUGGCAGGCUACAGGUACCUGACCCCGCUUCCCUUCUGGCUGCCGAACGUCUUAGGGCCGACGCUGCCAAGCGUGCGCAUCCGCAGGCGCCUGCCGAGUCGGGACCCGGGGCUCGAACGCCUGAGACCGAGCUAGCUGAGACCUGCGUCCCUCUUCUCCUGUCUCUCGAAGCCUCUCUCCCUGAGACCGACGAGGAGAUUUUCCAGAUUGUGUGUUCCCAUGUUGCUCCGCUGCCACUGAUUCGGGAUACUCUUCAGCAAUGGCGGGACACCCUGGCUGACACGACUGUUCAGGAUGCGUGUGAUGAUGUCCUUCUCGUGUUACAUCCUGUGCACAUUUGCGAGAAAGUGUCCGGCUCCGUCCAACAACAACCGGACGAGCCGGUCUUUCAGCCUCAGAUCCUGCCGCCGGCUUACCGCCCUACCACUACGCCUGGGCCUGUUCUGUGGUGCGGACGUUUGUGCCCGGCAUGGGUCUCCCUUUGGGGGUUGGACUUGUACCCACCAGUCAAGGUUGACUUCCAUGAUGCCGCCCUUCCCCGCCUGCCUGUCGUUUCGGGGAUAUGCAUCGUGUUUCCGCCUCCUCCAUCUGGUUCUUUCACCGUCUCCUCGAUCCCUGCUUGCACUGUACGCUCCCUCCGGCUCUUCUGGCAUCGAUUGCACCGUUGUCGCACUGGCUUUCAGAGCUCGCUGGAGACGGGGGCACGUCCUCCGGACUUUACGCCUUAUGGAAAGAAAGAAAGGAGCAAAGGCUCCAGGCAAUCUCCGCAGAUCUCGGACAUGAGGCGACAGGGUGACUCUCAGGCGCUGUCGAUGAGGUACCUGUGGUUGCAGUCUACGAUCAACUUGCUUCAGGUGUGCCGUGCACCCGAUAAAGAUUCCUUCCCCAAGCCGGCUGAGAAGCCGAAUGUUGCGAUGAACCCCGGCGCGCGGGAGUUCGUCCCGGCAGCGCAGCUGUUGGAUGCCUGGCCCAGCUAUGGCUGUGAGGCCGCCCACUUACUGCCUCGCGCGGCCCUAGCCGAGCUGAGGAGGUUGGAGCACGCGGCAGCCCUGCGAAUCCAACGUUGCUGGCGCCAGUGGCGUGCUGCCAGGGCCCGGAAAGAAGCGAAAGGAAGGCGGCCAAAAAGCCGACGCCGGCAACGGCACGCCGCGGCCGAAGAGUGGUGGGCAUGGCAGGAGGAGUGGUCCUCUUGGCCAGCCGAGGGGGGGCUACGGCGGCAGCGUGGGAAGUCGAUGUCCUCGCGGACGCAGUGGUGGAGCUGGGAAGGAGCUGAAAAGGGUGAUGCGCGUCCCUACCACGCUCAGGCUUGGAAGCAUCUUCCCGAAGCGCCGAAGACGUUGCGCUGGGUGCCGAAGAAGCCAGCGUCCGAGUUUCAGGACACGGCCACGGAGGUCUCGACCAUGGUCUCCGGCCACACCACGGUGAAGCCUCGAUGGACUUGGAGGGCGGAGGAGGCGAAGCUGCGCAGCCGAAGCCAGCCGCCCCACAGCCGACGUUCCACCACGCCUCCACCUCGAAAUGUGCUGCUUCCCCGGGCGCCUGCCCAGCCGCAGCCUACCAGGGUCGCUUUGUCUCGCGGAGUUGAGGACUGGCCCAUGGCCAUCGGCGCUCCGCCGCGGAGGAACGCCGCAGCCGUGCUCGGUGAGCUGCCGCAGGAAAAGCAAGGAUUUCUGUUGGUCAUCGGGACCCUGAUGGUCCUGGAGUUGUUCAUCGAUGCCCUUGUUCUUUUCUGGGUAGGGCUGGAGGAUUUCGGAACUUGGCAGUUGAGGAUACAGCAUGCGCGCGCCAAGGAGUAUGCACCUUCGCACACCCCGUACAGCGAUCAGGAAGGCCUUGCAACCCUGCUGGAGAAUGCUCAGGGCACUGCCGUCUGGACUUGGAUACCUUCUCCAAGGCGUGGAUGCGAUGCUGCGGGUAAAGCAGUUUCGCUCAGGGCGUUAGUGGUUGCAGGUGCAGAUGAUACGGACCUGGAAGCACAUCUGCGGACGGCUCACGUCGAGGAGACUCGGCGGAAGACCAGCUCGCACCGGCGAGUGCGACGCGAGACGCGCGAGGCCACCGCUGAAGCUUUGCCGCGAACUGUGCGGCAAGGCUCCGUGGCCUCCGCCGACAGAGAGGUAUUGACGCGCACUGCGAGCCUCCACGAGGAUGUGAGGCGGCCUGUUGAGCAAGAGGACCUGCAGGAGGCUCCCGCUGGCGAGGAGACCGAGCCAGUGGACGCCGAAAUGGGGGAGCCGGAGAUGAGGGAGGGCGAGGAGGAGGAAGCCUACCAUGAAGGGGACGAGGAGGAGGAUGAGUUCCUCGCAGAUUGGCAGGAGGCGAUCCUGGAAGGCGAGGCCGAAGCGGAGGCCGAGAUGGCCGGGGAGACGCAGGAGGAGUUUCACGAAGAAGACGAGGCGCCUCUCUUUGAGGCUGCUGCUGCUGCCGCCUCUUCCGCGGAUGCUCCGCUGGAGGAGGGACUCAGUGAGGCUCCAGAAGUGAAAGAAGAAGAAGGCCCGCCCCCGGCUGCCGUUGCCGAGACCGAGGAGUCUGACCGUUGGCCGAUGCAGAGCCGGAGCCCGUCCAGGCAGCCCGUUGCCGCAGAAGGUCCGGCCGAGGAGCAGGAGGAGAAUCGGACGGAGCAGCAUCGCCGGCACAUCGAGCGACGCCGGGCUGAGGUCAAAGCCGGGCAGCAAGCUGUGAGGCCGGAUUCCACCGCCGAGGACGAGGUUUCGGCCCGUGCGGCGGCGGCUGCUGCUGCCCUUGCGGCUCGGCGUGGGAAGCGGGAGGAGGCUACAAAGACCGAGAAGAUGGACAAGGCCAAGACAGAGAAGAAGCGCAAACGGAGAGAAGAGGCCGCAGUGGCCCCGCCCGAGCAACCAAGCUCGCGGAGCCACCCACCGGAGCAGCCGGAAGAUGACCGGAGGGCCAUCCCUCGCAAAAGGAGGAAAGAGGAGCCUCCAGCUACCUCUCCUCCAGGCGAAGCUGGGCCACCCUUGGAGCAUCCAGAGCCCGAGCCUCCGCAGCAGGCCCCCACAGCCGCCCACGUCGCGAAAGUGGAGCCGCUGGAGGAGGCAGGCGAGAAGACUGGCUCCUCCAAGAAGAAAGAAAAGAAGAAGGAGAAGAAGAAGGACGCAGCCGAGGAGCCACGUUCCUCUCGAGGUGAGCACCGCGAGGCUGCCCAGGAGCGCAAGGCACGCGACGAUACACGCCAUCAUGAGCGUGACCGCGAGCACCGGAAGGAGCGCCGUGAGAAGGAGCGGAAAGAGGCAGCAGGGCCGACGCAGAGCCCCGUGAAGGAGGAGCGGAGGCGGCGGCGAGAGGUGGCAGACGCCUCCGAUCGCCAUGGCUCUGGACAAAAGGAGAAAACUCGGGAUCGCCGAAGGAGGAGCCACUGA